CCGUCCGUGCUGCUCAACGAUGCAAUGUAGUCAAGGGCCAUACGCAGCGCAAGAUACUUGAGGAAGGCGUGCUCACACCGCUCUAUGCGCUGAAAAUGUCACCGGAUAUCGAAAUCCAGCAGCAAGUCGCGCGCUGCCUGGCGUUGUUUGCGCUGCAGCACAUUCUGGGCUUUGUCAAGUCGACCGACGCCCUUUCUCAGCGCUUUGGGACGCUUGCGAUCGGUAACCUCAACGACAAGGACCUCUUCGACCAGGGCGCGAUUGCCGCCUUGUUGCAUCUCGAGACGUCGAGCGACGCGGAAACGAGGUGGUGCCUUGCCUUUGCCAUCAACAACGUCGCGGGCAACGAAAUCAACUGGGCGCAACUCGGCAAGAUGGGCAUUCUGCGCACGAUCAUUGGGAUCAUGGAGCGACGUGGCCGUCGCCCCUACAACUUGUCGCUGGCCGAGUCCAACAAGGUGUCGAUUGCGAAUUCGGUGCUCUUGCCGCUGCUCAUCCAGCUCGUCGGCUCGCCCGACACGGACAUGAACGCCACGAGCAUCGACAUCCAUCGCGAGGCCUCGCGCGCGAUGGCCAACCUCUUCACCUCCUUUGGGCACCACGGCGACAUGAUCGCCGAGGGGCUUCCGGGGUUGAUCCACUUGGCGCUCAGCGUCGACACCGAGUGUCAGUACAACGCGGCAUUGGCGACAUGGGGUCCAACGCGCCUCAACCAGGUGGACACGCGGUCUGUACUCAAGCGUCGCCAACUGCGUGCCUCGGCAGUGUGUCGCCAUUGUAUUGACAGUGGCCGCCCGGAAACACUCGCGCACGUGCUCCAACACUGCCCCCACAACCAUGGUCUCAUCACGCGCCGCCACGAUGCGUCGCUCGACAAGAUUGCCGCCGCGAUACGCAAGGCCCUACCUGCCGCGACGGUCAAGGUUAACGAGCUGGUGGACGGCUACAGCCCGCGCGCGCUACGACCCGACCUACAAGUAUACUUCGAUGUCGGCGCGCGUCGCGUUGCUGUACUCUUGGACCUCGCGAUCACGCUCGAGCACGCGGUCGACGGGACGGCCACCGAUUGCCCGUUCGAACGCAUUGUGCGCAAGAAGGAAGACAAGUAUUUCGAGCUCGGGCCGCAUCUGCGCCAGACGUACGACGAAAACGAGACGGCCCUUUCGCAUCUGCUUGGACUGCACAAGCCGGUCAUUCAAGGCCUCGAGCGCCGGCUGUCCAUCGAUCACAUCCAAGCCAGCGCCGCCAUUUGA